UACAAAACAUGGUGGGUGGCAUGACCCAAUUUUUGACCUAAGAGCUCUGUCAUUGCAAUCGGGCUGGAAACGCAAACGAGGGGGAGAGGAGAUGUCGAGCUUCUCGUUCCCGGAGCGCCCGGCGACGGAGAUCAUCGGCGCUCUCGCCCAGGUGGGCAUCGCCGCCUUGAAGCCGGACGACCUCGCCAAUCCCUCCGCCGACCUCGUGUGCACGCUCUACUCCAACUUCCUCGCCUUCGCCGACCCCCUCGGCGAAGAAUCGGAUAUACAGAUCGCUUUCAGUGCUCUCGAGCUUCUGGAUAACCCCGACCACCAUGUGGACGCCAUCCGGACCUUCAAUCUGUACCGCAAGAUCAAGGGCAUGCUCGCCUCCAUCCGGUUCGGCAGCUUUAAUCUUCGCGAUCUCAUCAAGCCUGAUACCAAGCGCACCCUUCAGAUCCUUAGCACCAUCGUCAACUUCAUAUAUUACAGGGAGGAGAAGCUGAACAUGCUGCAGCCCAUUGUCGAUCAAUUCCCGGCAUAUGAGGAACGAAGGGCGGAUCUCGAAGCAAAGAUCGCCGAGGUUAACAAGCUGAUUUUGGACCAUGAAGUUGCACGACAGAUGGAAGAGCCGGCAGUUCAGCAGUUGGAUGCAGAGGUCAAGGAUCUGUGACAGACUAUUCAGAAUUAUAACAAGCAGCAGAUGUCAUUGAAGACGAUGGCCAAAGCACUCAAGGAGAAGACUGAUGCUAUUAAUGACAAGAUCUCUCAAGCUGAUUUUGAGUUAGUGAAGAAUGCCCAAGAAAACUCCAAGUUGUCAUCUAAAAUUGUUCAGUCCCCUGACAAGCUACAGAGGGCACUUGAAGAGAAAAAGUCAUAUCGAACUGAGGUGAAGAACUCUGAAAGGUCAGCCAUGCAGAACAUUCAAGAGAAAACUUCCACUUUGGAGGUGUACUCAAAGGUACAUGAUAAAUUGACCAAGCACCUAUCUGGAAUGCAGGCUAUACAAGGGUGCUAGCUUGCGCUCAGAAUCUGACUUGCUAAGAGAAACUGGAAAGGCAAGACGACAACAACUUCAUGCCAAGUUUGAAGAAAUUUUACAGGAGUUUCACAACUAUUCUAAGAUGAAUUCCAUCCUACAAAGGUUUGAGUUGGCAGUGGAGAAGGAAGACUUGGGGCCUGCAAGCACUGAAUAAAUAGCCACCAAAGGUGCCGUCUCUAUGAUCAUGUCAAUCUGUGUGAUGUUCUUUGGUUGCCUUUUCUUGAAGUACUAAUUAUGGACUUGUAUGUAUUAUAUCAUAUUUUGGAAUGUAAUUAGUUAGGCAUCAAUCAGUAUUAGAGCAACACUAUUGUACUCUGACUCCUUUCCUUGAUGCAUCGACAACGGAGAUAUCUGUUCUGAGUUCAAGAACAUUUUUUCUUCUGAUUUCGUAAUAAGGUUACUUUUUUCCUAAA